AUGGAAACUUGUUUAAGUUGUUAUUUUGCUCUACUUUGUUCAGAAUGUUGCAAAAAUCGACAUAAUGAAGAAUAUAAUUGUAAAGUACUAAUGAGCCAGAGUUAUAUGAUUAAAAUUCAAAGUGAACUAAAUGACAACCAAAUUUAUAAAAAUUCAAAUUUAUCUUUUACACGUCGCAUUUCUAGUGAAAAAUCUAGAAUGAAUAGAGAACAAUUGGAAAUCCUCAAAUACAUUUCUUCAACUUUAGUAUCAUCACGGUUUUCAAAAUCGUUUACAUUAAAAAUGCUUUCACGGUCAUCAGUUUUUUCAAAAACAUCGGAGUACUCAUCUUCAGAUGAUGCAAGUAAUUACAAUCAGUCUAAGCAAUCUAUGCAGUCUAUGCAGACAAUUCAGUCUAUGCAGACCAUUCAGUCUAUGCAGACCGUUCAGUCUAUGCAGACCAUUCAGUCUAUGCAGACCAUUCAGUCUAUGCAGUCUAUUCAGUCUAUGCAGUCCAAGCAACCUAAGCGGUCUAAGCAGUCACAAGACAAACCCCACUCAACAAACAACGAAUUUAAAGAUGAGUCUAACUAUUCUAGUACUAAUAAAAUGUACGAUUCAGUAUCUUCACAAAUCAGCAAUAUAAGUGUCAGAAGACGUAGUAACGGUCUAGAUUACGACAAGAAGAAUUCGUCGAAUGUUCACUCGGAUAUUGAAGUUAUUAUUGAGGAUACACGUAAUUACUCUAAGCAGUCUAAUCAGUCAAAAAAAUCAACGAAAUACAAAAACAAAAGUUUUAAAGCUGGGUCAAACAGUUCUGGAACUAAUGAAAUGUACAGUACAGUAUCUUUACAAAACAUUAAUAGCAGGGUUAGAAGUCAAAGUGACGGUCUAGAUUAUGACAAGAAGAAUUAUAUUCACACUGAUAGUGUGGUGAAAUUCAAAAAUAAAAAUGAACAAAAUGACAGGAGAAUGCGACAAAAAAAUGCAAAAAAAAGAGAUAAAAAACUUACUCUUAACAAUCAAGUAAAUGCACUUCCUAUAUCUACUAUGAAAUACAGAAUGAUUAGAUCACCGGGUUGUUGGAUACCAAUAUUUAUGUUUAUCAACCGUGGCUCAUAUGAAGACGUAACUAUAUUACAAAAUGUAAUAAGCCCGGGAAUGCCAUUGAUUUUAAUGGUUGAAAAAAAUGGACAAGUUUACUAUAAGAUCAAUGCUAAUCAAUAUGACAUGUUGAAUAACUACAGUUUGAUAUAA